UGAAAAUUAUUAUUUGAAGUAUUUGUACCAAUAUUGUUUGUCACUAAAUACUGUAACACGGCAAAGUAACUACAAUCCAUCUGUACAGGGAAUUCAUACAGACUACAAUAAUGAUGAUCGAUUUCAGCGGUAUUAUAUUAUGGAAGAAAGGCAACUUGAUGUCCAGUUAGUAAGCUGUAGCAUUUCGAUAUAUAUUCAGGUGAAAGCAUCCAAUCCUUCUGAAGACAUAUCUGAAACCGAGGACAGCACCAUAGCUUGUCGUCACGACAUAUGCGACAUUCCUCCUCAAUCCUUAGAAGAAAUUUUGCCCAGUGUUAGCGGCCAUGUCUCGAACAUCCAUCCUGGCGGUUUCUGUAAUCAAACAACUGCACAGUUAUGCAAAGCUAAUAAAAGUGCAUCAUUCCUAAAUUUAGAAACACGCGACUUAAAUUCAAAAGUAUUUCCUGAAAUGGAGGACAAUACUGCAAUCCCAUCCUCUCCUGUUGAGGCUGCUUGCAGCACUGCCAAUGCAAAUCCUGUUUCACCAGAGUCUUUAAAUUAUCCCAUAAAUCCCAAUCCUGUAGAUAUUUACCCAGCCAAUACAGACCAUGUAGAAGAUAUCGCUACAGGAACUGGAGACAGGAUGCCUCUUUCUACGCUGAAAGCUCUUCUACAGCGACAGUUGGAAUAUUAUUUUUCUAGAGAAAACUUGUCUACAGAUGAAUAUCUUCAAUCUCAGAUGGAUGCUGAUAAUUAUGUUGCAAUAAGCACUGUUGCUAAUUUUAAUCAAGUCCGACGCCUUACUGAUGAUCUUAAUCUUGUUGUUGAAGUACUCAGAGAAUCUGCUGUCGUCCAAGUUGAUGAAGCUGGAGAAAAAGUUCGUCCAAAUCCUAGAUCAGGUGUCCUCAUCUUGAGAGAAAUUCCAGAAGAAACUCCCCUUAAAGAAAUUGAAGAGCUAUUUAGUGGUGAAAAUUGUCCUAAAUUUUUAAAAGCUGAAUUUGCACAUAAUGAUAGUUGGUAUGUCUUAUUUGAGUCUGAUGAAGACACACAAAAGGCGUACCAGUAUCUGAGAGAAGAAGCUAAAACAUUUCGUGGCAAACCUGUUAUGGCACGUAUUAAAGCUAAAGCCAUAACCUCUGCCCCAUUCACCACAUCAUAUAAGAAUGGUUUUGCUAACCCUCAAGAACCAGAGAAUUACAGUGGUCAGAAUGUCAAUCAGCAACAACAGCAGCCUCUACAGUAUACCUAUAGUGUUCCAAAUGAAAACUACAAUAAUCAGCAGGUCUGUUCACCUUUCUAUCCUCCUACAAUGUUACAAACUUGGGCGCCCACUACACCUGCAUGUGUGGAUUUGGGAACCGUAAGUGUUUUAUCAGUUAAUGGCCUUACUCCUCAGCAAGCUUUUAGACCAUUGCCUAGUGGUAAUAACAAUCGACACAACUACACAAGAGAUAGGCCAGUAAAGGCUUACACUCCACAGAAUUAUAAUUUCUCACGUAGUGAACAAAACAGAUAUUUCAACAGAGGCCAGUCCACAUCUUACCUCGGAAGGCAGCAGAUACAUCAGCAAGCAGCAACCUUUCCAAAUAUUGUGAAUGCCAGCAACUGUGCUUUCGACUACCUGCCAUACGCCGCGAGGUCAAGGAAUCUUAACUUUGGGGUGGACAUGAAUUUCUUCACAGCUCCUAAUUUGUACUACAGCAAGUUGCCAUCUGUAUAUCCAGCUCAUGCAUCACAAACUCGGCAGAAUCCAGUCCUGAUGCAGAGAAAUUCAUUGGGCGUAGGUGCAAUAAAUUGUCAAGACCAAAGCUAUUUGGCUGUUGGCAACAGUAGUUCAAUGCCUUAUUCCAAGGAUUCAGGGAUGAAUGGUGCAUCAAGUGGAAAGCAGAGUGCCGAUUCUCAGGUAAAAGAGAAUUGGGCUCCUAACCAAAGGCAGCAACGUGGUAAAAGGCAUUGGAAAGAAAAUAGUGCUUCUGGUUCUUCGAGGAAUGUAAGGUAUUCUGAUAGUUCAAACAAUGCUUAUAAUAAGUCACUUGGGGAAACUGAGGUCAAAUCUGAAUCACCGAAAUUUGAUUUAGAAACUACAUCAUUUCCCCCUCUUCCUGGCUGUUUGGAGACUGAUAUCAUAGAUGUUGAUGUUUAUGAAAGUAGAUUGUCCGAUAUUGUGAAAGGAACUGUGAAGCCAGCCACAAGAGAUACCAAAACUCAGACUUCCGAAUCUGGUCUUGUUUGUACUACAAAGGAUAGCUCCACUAUUACAAUUGAAGAUGCAGUUAUCCCUUCUGAUGGUGCCUUUACUCCGCCUGACUCUCCUGAUGUUGUGGCAGAGGCAGGAUCAACAGCUGACCCAACAGCGAAUGAGAACUGCCAAGAAUCUGAGUGGGAUGAUUUUGUCGAAUCUCCCACUGAAAAUGCAAUUUGUAGCACCAGUAUUACCCAGAUCAACACCGUGCCUGAAGCUCCUUCAACUUACAACGGAAACAGCACUCAAGUCUUUCAUCUUGUCUCCACAAACUCUAUGGUGAAUGGCUCUGCAGCUAUAGCUGAGAGCUCCCCUCCUUCUAAUUUGCCAGAAACCGACCCCACUGCAAAUGUUCCUAGUGAAAUCAAUGAUAAACAAACUGCCACAAUAAAAUUGCCCAAGGCUAAGCAGCUGGACUCAAUACCCAAAAAUAGCCGGCCACAGUGUGAUCUGCCAUCGCCAAAGAAUAAAACUCCAGACGUGUCGACAAAGAACAAAUUCGACUCGUUCAAAGACAGGGCUUCUGGUGCCACGAAGCAAAACAGAACAUCUUUUUCUAGUAAUAAUAAAAACUGUGAAAGUUCCUCUAGUAAUAAUAAUAAUAAUAACAACAACAAUAAAAAUGAAAAAGUGAACGAUUGUUUACAGACCAUUGCCAGACCAACUGAGCAUAGUGUGUCCAGAAACUCUGAAGUAUCUCAUGGCAAGGAUAAAGGAGCUCAGGGACAUAAUAAGAACAAGGUUCUAGAUUCCAAUUCCAAUAAGGCUAAGACUGUUGAACCAGAACCAACUCUUUUGACUGUCAAUGGCCAUGCUAAUGCUACCGCUGAUAGUGAGUCAACUGUUAGUAGUGAAGAUGAAAAACCUUUUAGAAGAUUAACUUAUUGUGAAGUGGCAAGUCGUGGUAAGGACAAGUUGGAAAAAGUUGCGCAAGAAGUUAAGCUAAAAGAUCAGCAAGAGGCCACUAUUAGGCAGCAUCAUAGGCAACAGGAAAGCGUCGCCCAAAGUAGGCAAGCAUCUACUCGUGGAACUUUCCGAGAAAUUCCAAGAGGCCGAACAGUCGAGGCCCGUCCCGGGGCUAGGGAAUGGCGCGAGAGAAGAAAACCUUCGCGGGCUGUUCCCCUACCAGCCGCUGGGCGAUAAGACUGCCAUCAUGUGCUCUUUGGUUGCAAAGGGCCUACUUAUAUGCAAAAAGAAAAAAAAAAUGUGAUUUGAUUUUUGAACUCAUUGAACUGAAGAUAAAACACCAACUUUGCCUCAAAAGUGAAUUGCAUUGCUUGCUAUUUAUCUUCCUGUUGGCUUCACAACUGUUGGCUUUCUGUAUGUCAUUGGUUUGGAUGUCCAUCUUAACAGCUUAUCUGAUGGAGAGAAAGACAUUUUCAGAAUGACUUGCUAUGCUUAAAUAAGGUGCUAACGUCUGUGUCCAGCAGAAAAAUAAUCCAACAGUGUGUUGAUGCAAAUGUAAAUACAGUUUCGGGAGAAAUUAUUUUCCUUAUCGGGUGCCUCCAUGUAAGAUACUUGAUGAGAUUAUUGUAGCAUGGACAUGAGGACUGAAUGUAGCUGUCUCUCUUUACAUGUCAAGUGAUGCAAACAUAAACAAUGAAUAUAUGUCAGCCCUCUAAGUUAUAUGGCAGGAGCUUCCAUUGUGUAAGUGGUGCUGCAUGAAAAUUAAUGGAGCACUGCUUUAGAAAAAAAAAUUAAUAAUAAUGCAGUAUACCAACGUUUGACACAGAAUUUAAAUUGUAUAUUUAAUUUCUUGCAUAUCUAUCAGCUGUUGAGUUUUGUUAUGAUAUAAGAUUUUGGGAAAUUCAUUUAAUGUGUCAUAUGUUAUCGUAUCAAAACUGAACCUCUUCAAGAUAGCAAAACAUUGGAAUACUGACGCAGAAGGGGAAAAAAAUUACAUUGCCAUGCGGCUAUUACAAGAAAUAUGCUGCAUGCUUACAUUUGUGUUAUAAUUUCUAGUCUAAAUUUAUUAUGCAUUUGUUGCAUCGGCAUAUUAUGAAAUCAAAAAGUGGAAGCCAAACAAAUGACUAUACAAAUGUAAAAAUGUGUUGUUUUCGUAAAUCUGUGUCGAACUAUUCUUUCCCCCCUUUUAGGGUUUUAGCGACCCAUAUGUGAUACUAUAUGCCUUAAUUAGUGUGGGGAUAUCUUUUUGUGAAUUUAUUAAUGUCUUCAAAUACACUUGUCAGCUUAUGCUAAAGAAAAUAUAGGUUGUGGUACUGUACAAUUGUACUGUAUAAAAAAACAAACUGUAAUGACUUUAUUACAGUUUUGAAUUAUAUUUUGAGUAGUUUUUUUUUUUUUUUCAUUAACUUAUGAGUUUUAUCAUUACUUCCUAACUUAUCCUAUACUUAGCUUUGUUUCUGAGUCUAAGGGUGGAUUUCUUGCUUUCCUCUUUUCAAAUAUUUGAUUUGUGAUUUCAUAGAAAUCUUUGUUUGUAUACGUAUCUGUACCCCAGCAGUGUGGUGGGUCCACUUUUUUUUUUUUUCUGUCUCUCUCUCUCCCUGCUGGUAAGAUUUCUCUUCAUUUUCCUUCCUCCCUUAUAUUUUCUUCCCUCUCAUCCUUUCCUCUUUCUUAAUGUGUACUUACAUGAAACUGAAAUCAUAUGACAUUUGAAGUGUAAUUUGUGUGUAUGUGGAAAUAUAUUUAAAAAUGUUGAUGAAGAGUUUGAGAUAUUAUUGACUGCUAAAGUACACAGUACCCUCAUUAUACUGAUGUACUGGUUGCUUCAUGUGUGAGCUGUAACUGAACAGUAUGUAUAUAUUUGACCAUAGAAAGAAUUCUGACAAAAAAAAAUAGACGCUAGUAUGUAUCUUCUGCACUGCAGAGAUAUAGAACGAGACACCAGAUAGUUGAAGCAAAUGAACUUAGCUAUUAUCUCUAUAUACAAGAUUAACAUGCAUGGUCAUAACAAACAAUAGAAUAUAAAUGCAGUGCUUUUCUAACCCAUCAUUGUGGAUGAAUGACACAUUUGUAGUUCAGGGCAAAUUUGAUUAUUUUUUUACUUAAAAAAAAAAAAUGAUAUUGGUCAGUUUCUACUGUUAGUUGCUUUUUGAAAUUUCAUAACCUCAAUCUCAUUGUGCAUCUAGACUAAAGAACCAAAGAAAUAGGCAUUAAAAAAAUGGUAUGCUGGUUGUCUUGUCCUCCAAAAAAAUAAAUAAAUUAUAUAUAUAUACUAAAGAAAACAGUAUUGGAUUUUGCAUUGCAGCAUCUUGGCUGUCUAUAAUGGGAAAUUGUUGUUCUAUGUAAAUCACUGCUUACGAUGUUGCACAAAACUGCUUAUGAACUGUUUGACAAAUCAUCUAGCUCUGAAGACAUCCACAAAUGUCUGCAUUAACUAUAUAUCAUUCUCAUUUUCUCAGUUAUCUCAAAUACUAAUCUGAUCAAUGUUUUUGUUGGAAGAUUAGAAUAUUUUAUUAAAAAUGUGUAGAACGACAAUUAAAAAUUUAUGUGAAUGUACCAAAGGCAACAAAUAUACAACACUUCUGUCAAAGUGUGAGUGGGUGUAAAGUUUUAAAGCAAGACUAGGUCUGUUUGCCUGCCAUGUGGAAAGUUGUCCGUUUCAAUCCAGUGGCUGGAUAUUAUUGUUUGUUUGUUUUUGUAAGGUUUUUGAUUUUGAGUGUAUUAGGCAAAAAGAAAAUGCAGUCAGUUUUUGUUUUCUUCACUAUGUCAGUUACUUCACUCGCGCUUUCAUUAGUGAGAACAGAAUUAAUGUAACUGAAUAGAAAAAUAUUUAAACAAAAAGAAAAAUUAUAAUACUAGAAAAUUUAUGGAACUUAAUGCUAUAUCAUUAGGAAGAAUAUAGCUUCGAAGUCCAAUGAGUUUGAUUCAUCACAUUCAAAAUGUACAAGAAAAAGGCUUAAAAUGUUUACCUUUCUGAAGAUAAAUGGGACAGUGAAAAUCGGUAUAAUAUGAAUUUUGUGCGGAAUUCUUAAUUUAUUAAAAAUUGUUUUCGUUGAAGUUCAAGUGUUUGUGUAUAAAAUAGAAUCUGAUUUUUCGUUAGAAAUUCAAUUUCCGAAGAUUUUCAGCUGAAUGACUAUUUGAAAAGUGUUGCCUAGGUAUUCAUGUUACCAUCUGUUGAUUCAAGAUUGUGGAUGAAAAGCUACGUGCAGCAGCAACUUAUAUGCCUUUUUGAAAGGAAACGAAAUAUUUCCCCAUUUUUCCUUUGGGUUUUGUGAUACUUCAAGAUUGAUUUUCUUGUUCAUGACUUGUGAUGAAAAACACCUUGUAUCUGAAAUUAUCAACUGUAAUAAUGAACUAUAAAUUACUCCAGAAUAAUUUAUAUUGUAUGUGCAGAAGUAUGAAAAAUUAAAGUAUGCUACUAAAAUAAAAUUUCAAAUAAAAUGUGAUUGUUGAUAUGAAUAUUUUUUAAUUUAGCAGGGGUAUACAUGAAAGUACAUUUAAAACUGAAUGACUGAAUUCGUAAUAAAUUAUCUGAAUUUCC